UGGUGGAAGUUUCUUCCUAGAAGUGGAGCCGCCGACAGAGCCCGAAACAACUGGGAAAUUUAGGGGGAAAAGUUCGCCGGUGACGUUACGUCUUGCCCUUCACCCCUGCCCCUCGGAUUCGGGCCUGAGGCCUAAACCCCAGCCCUAUGUCAUGGCUAGUGGUGUUGCUAAGCCGGGCCCCUCCAAUGGCUACCCCAUGAAGGCACAGCUUCAAAUCAUUGUGCUAUCAGCAAAACUGAAGGAGAACAAAAAGAACUGGUUUGGUCCCAGUCCCUAUGUGGAGGUGACAGUCGACGGGCAGUCCAAGAAAACAGAGAAAUGCAACAACACCCACAGCCCCAAAUGGAAACAGCCUCUCACUGUGAUCGUGACUCCAUUCAGCAAGUUGGUGUUUCGUGUGUGGAGCCACCAGACCCUGAAGUCGGACGUUUUACUGGGGAUGGCUACGCUGGAUGUUAGUGAUACGCUCAAGUCAAACGAUAUGAAAAUCUCUGAGGUGGUGCAAACCUUACAGCUGAGCACAGACAAAGACCUGUCAGACAUGGUGGGCGAUCUUUCCAUCUGCCUGGAUGGCAUGACUGUGGACCCUGAGAUGUUUGCCACAGCUGAGGCUAAUCAUCAGAGUACAUCAAAUGGGGAGUCGCAACCCACUGGGGAUCGUGGUACAAAACCGAGCAGAGACAGCUCUCCAGCGGUAGACGGCGUGGAACACCGGUCGUCCCCUGGUGGUCGGAGGGCAGUGAACGGUACAAAGUCUCCCUCUGUUACAUCAGGGGGUUCGCGGCCCCUCCGACCCCCCAGGCCCUCCAGACCUCCUCCCCCCACCCCACGCAGACCCUCCUCCUCACCAGCCUCCGCUAAUGGCUCUGCACCAGCUGACAACAGAGAUGGUCAGUCAGGCUCAGACACACCAGUGCGAGUUCCGACUUCUGGAGCCUCACCAGUAGCAGACUCCAGUUCUUCUUCUGUCGCAGACCCCGGCGUCAACACGGUGUCUGGGGCAGCAGCAACAGCAGCAAGACAGCCGGCCAGCAGCGUCACCCCAACUGUCCCUCCCAGGGUCCCUGCAGUCAACACAGGACCGCUGCCUCCUGGCUGGGAGCAGAGAGUGGAUCAGAAUGGCAGGAUGUAUUUUGUUGACCACGUGGAGAAGAGAACAACGUGGGAGCGCCCCGAGGCACUGCCUCCAGGUUGGGAACGUCGUGUGGAUCCGAUGGGCCGUGUGUAUUUUGUAGACCACAUCACGCGGACCACAACGUGGCAGCGCCCCACCAUGGAAACUGUGCGUAACUAUGAACAGUGGCAGCAUCAGCGUAGCCAGCUGCAGGGAGCCAUGCAACAGUUUAACCAGAGGUUCAUAUUUGGGCUCCAAGACCAGGUCCCAGCAGCACAGAAUAAGGAGUUUGAUCCUCUGGGGCCCUUGCCACAUGGAUGGGAGAAGAGAACGGACGCCAACGGCAGAGUGUACUUUGUCCAUCACCCUACGCGAACCACACAGUGGGAGGACCCGCGAACACAGGGGCUGCUGAACGAGAAGCCUCUGCCAGAGGGCUGGGAGAUGAGGUUCACUGUAGAUGGUAUACCCUACUUCGUAGACCACAACAGAAGAACCACCACCUACAUUGACCCCCGCACUGGAAAAUCAUCACUUGAAAACGGACCUCAGAUUACUUAUGUUCGGGAUUUCAAAGCCAAAGUGCAGUAUUUCAGAUUCUGGUGCCAGCAACUGUCCCUGCCUCAACACAUCAAGAUCACCGUCACCAGAAAAACCCUGUUUGAGGAUUCCUUUCAGCAGAUCAUGAGCUUCAACGCUCAGGAUCUCCGCAGGAGACUGUGGAUCAUCUUCCCUGGAGAAGAAGGCCUCGACUAUGGAGGGGUCGCCAGGGAGUGGUUCUUUCUUUUGUCCCAUGAGGUGCUGAACCCCAUGUACUGCUUGUUUGAGUACGCUGGCAAAGACAACUACUGUCUACAGAUCAACCCAGCCUCCUAUAUCAACCCAGAUCACCUCAAGUACUUCAAGUUUAUAGGACGCUUCAUUGCCAUGGCCCUAUUCCACGGCAAGUUUAUUGACACGGGUUUCUCGCUGCCGUUCUAUAAGCGCAUCCUGAACAAGCCAUGGGCCCUUAAAGACCUGGAGUCAAUAGACCCUGAAUUCUACAACUCCCUCAUCUGGAUCAAGGAUAACAACAUUGAAGAGUGUGGUUUGGAAAUGUUCUUCUCAGUGGACAAAGAGAUCUUGGGGGAGAUCACCACCCACGAGCUGAAACCUGGAGGAGGAGACAUCCAGGUCACUGAGGAGAACAAGGAGGAAUACAUCAGGCUAGUAGCGGAGUGGAGGCUAUCCAGAGGAGUGGAGGAACAGACGCAGGCUUUCUUUGAAGGCUUCAACGAGGUUCUCCCUCAGCAGUACCUGCAGUAUUUUGAUGCUAAAGAGCUGGAGGUGAUGCUUUGCGGCAUGCAGGAGAUCGACCUGGGAGACUGGCAGAGAAACACCAUCUACAGACACUAUGCUCGAAGCAGCAAGCAGAUCAUUUGGUUUUGGCAGCUGAUAAAAGAGAUGGACAACGAGAAGAGGAUGAGGCUGCUGCAGUUUGUCACUGGCACCUGUCGACUACCAGUGGGAGGCUUCGCUGACCUUAUGGGGAGCAACGGUCCCCAGAAGUUCUGUAUCGAGAAGGUGGGAAAAGAGAACUGGCUGCCCAGAAGUCACACAUGCUUCAACCGACUGGACUUGCCUCCCUACAAGAGCUAUGAGCAGCUUAAGGAGAAGCUGAUGUUUGCCAUUGAAGAGACAGAAGGCUUCGGACAGGAGUGAGAGAAGACAGACGAAAAGGGAAGUGCGGAGGGAGUCUGAAGGAAAGAUGACCAGUGUUCAAUUCAGGGAGCCUCUCGGAAAUAGGAGCUAGAUCACUCGCACACGUGCGCAUGCUACUGCAUGAAUAUGUGUUUGACGCACAUAUUUGGUGGUGUGGACAAGUGAGUGCUGCGUGCAUGUUGUUUAAAAGGAGCUGAUAUUUUGGAGCUGGGUUCUGCCUCGCUCACCUUUGUUGAGAUUGACAGUGCUAGGCUUCUCGAAGCCUUAUGGGUAUGUGAGUAUUUUUAAAAAAAAAUCCAAACCAAAACACAGGAAGCUUCUCCUGUCUCCAGAAUGUCCUUCACUUUAUGCAUGGGAACCUGCAUACUCAUCCUGUAUGACAUCAUAUGAGGGCGGCAGGAUUUUUACCUUCAUCCUUUGCCCGACACAUUUGUCCAAAAAAACCUUUCUUUGGGGAAAUGACAGCCUUUUAGGCUGAUCAUCAACAUGGUUGUGGUUGAGAAAGUGCACUUGUUUCAGAGCAGGGUAAAGUUUCACCCAAAAAAAAAAGAAAAAGAAAAAAAAGUGUUGUAUUAAGAUAGGAUUUUAUUUUUUUGUUUCUUUAGUGUACUACAGCGAGUUGCACCAUUUUGACAGUUCACAUUAGGAUUGUCUCGACGCGUUUUCCUCUUAAGGCUUUAUCUAAUCCGUCUCUUCAUCUUCAUCUUCCGUUCAUGACUGGAGUCGGUUUUAUCUGGGGAGUCAGCUGUGAUCAACGGUAGCGUUCACCUAGUGACUGUAUCCUGAAAAUAUGUGGAUUGAACAUUUUCUAGUUUUGCCAUUGACGACCCUUAAAACGAUAGACAAUCUUUGGUGCUUCAGCGAAAUUGAGGAGACAUACCCAUAAACAGAGUGAACUCUAUGCUUCAGCUCCCGACUAUUUAAUCUGUGAAUGAUUAAAAAGAUUGUGAGGAUCUACUGACCCCUGUUAUUUAUGAUGGGAAGAAACCCGGAGGACGCGGAUGUGACUUAAAUUGACCCUAGUUUUAUAGGGCCGGUCUUAAGGCAAGGACGCUGAAUGGAACGUCUUAGCUUCUUAGGUACCCACGUAGCGUUAAGGGAUCGUGUUCAAUGAUAGCAGAGAAUCUGACAGCUUUUGAGCCUUGCCGUGGUGGUUUCAAGAGAAACGGCUAACCGUGAAGUGUGCAGGGCAGUAGACGCUGCCUAAGGAAAUCGACUGGAGAAUUUUAAGUAUUUGAAAUAACGUCUGAUGUUAGAGGAGUGUAAGACGUACACCCGAUUUAACAACACAAAAGUAAGAAAAAAAAACCCUGUCAGUCGCAAGUUGAACCAAAUCGGAUGUUUUAGUUAUUUCAAACGUUGACCGACGUUUUGGUUACAAUUUUCUUUGUGUACGAGACCCUGUAACUGAAUUCAUUGUUUUUAAUGAUAAAUCAUGUCUUUCAUAAGUAGGGUUCUUGCACAAAAAUUUAAUGAGACCAAUUAAUUAAUCCCUGUUGGAAGCGUGGAGUAGUUUCCAUUCCGAUUUUUCUUUCCUGUCUUUCUGCAGGAAUAUUGGACACUGAUAUGAACCUACAUUUUUUUGCAUUCACUCCUUCAUUUGAAGUCACAGAGCGGUCUCAAUGGCCAACGUUAGCUUCACUCAGCAUCAGCUGUGCCCCCCCCCCCCCGUUAGGAAUUAACCUUUUAUUGCAAUGUCAGUAAUGGCAGACAGGUAGUAUUAACCCCUUGAAAAGUACUGCAUAGGAACCAGAGUCAGAUGACCUCAUCGGGUUGAAUUUACCUCGUUUGUAUGCUAAAAUCUCCUUUUUUUUCCUAAUGUCGUUGAUUGUUGAUGUGCCAAGAAGUGGCGCUGUAUGUGUGCACGGAAGAAGUGAACUUAACCUAACCUUGUCAAAAUGCCACUUCCUACACGGAUGUCCUUUCCAUGAAUCUGCAGAACACUGGCUCGGUGUGGGUCUGUUCAGGCUGACAACAUGUUUGUGUCUGAUUAACGAUGACGGACGAGCCAUGUUGGUCAGAAUUUGACCGUAACGCCGGUCGUCCUGCCAGCCGGCCUGACUCCCCUACAUGCCAGGCAACUUGGGUCAGUCAGCAGGCUUGCAGAAAAGUCACAUUCAGUACGUUUUUGUGCAGGUGUAGCGAAAGGGGCCCAAGCCGCCAUGGCCAGCUAAGCGUUUUGAACCUCAGCGUUGUGAAAAAGCCACGAUUUUAAAGAUAAUAACAUGGGGGCAUUCUUAGCGGGCAUCGGGUAUUUGAAAUUUUGCCCUCAGUCGGGAUGGAGAAUGACUUGACGCAAGGCAGACGUGGUAAUGGGCUUCAACUGAUGGCUAGGUAGCUCAUCUACCAAGCCCGCGGACUGGCUCCCACCUGGAGGAGAACAUGUUGUUUAUCAUGGUGUUGUCAUGGAGAUCAUCAUUUAAAAUCCCAGGGACGUAGCUGGUUAGCAGACGUGUAAAUACGAUAAUUUAUGUUGCAUCGCAAAUAAAAUCUCCACUCCUUUCUAUUUUUUGGUCUCUGGAAAACAUGUACAAUGAAACCUCCUCUCUCACCCUCCUGUACAUGAAAAUAAGUUGUAAAUGGUGUCAAUAACAAAUUGAUUUUCUUUUAUAAAGAAAGCAAGGUUUUAAUAAUAAGAAGUAACACUAUAUUUUCUUUCACCUGUCUGAUUUAUGAUGUACAUGAAGGAUGUGUAAUAUAGAAGCUCUUCAGCUUAAUAAAUUAAAUCUGCAGAUCUGACUG